CCCACCCUUUUCACUUGAUCAGGAAGAAUAUUACAGCCUAUUUUACAUGUAUUGUCUUUGGUGUAGCGUUGUCUGAGAUUUCCAAAUCCUUCUCCAGUCAAAAUGGUUAUCCGCAUAUUAGAGAUUAUUUAUUUUUUGUAUUUUGCCUCCCACAUCCCAAUAACUUUAUUCAUCGAUUUCCAAGCCUUACUACCGGAGCAUGUGUUCCCUCAAGCGGCUAAACAAUUAAUGCGAUGGUACGCCGCUGAAUACAAAGAUCCAAUGAUGCUGGACCCUCCUGUGUGGUUUAAAUCCUUCAUAUUUUGUGAGGCUCUUGUACAACUUCCCUUCUUCCCUGUUGCUGCAUAUGCAUUUUGGAAAGGAGGCUGCAAGUGGAUCAGGACCCCGGCAAUUGUGUACUCUGCUCAUGUGGCCACAACCCUAGUACCCAUCCUGAGUUACGUGCUCUUCCAUCAGUUCCCUCAGACCCCCCAUCCUGGGCCUCAGACCAUGCGGGAGCGCCUCACUCUGAUGUCCAUUUACGCGCCAUACCUCAUAGUCCCUGUUAUGUUGCUACUAACGAUGCUCUUCAGCUCAACAUAUACAGGCGCCUCUCAGGGAGGAAGGUCCAAAUCAAAGUCGAAGAAAGUGAAGUAGAGGUCAUGUCACAACUCCUUGUGUGUGACACACAUGUGAAUUUGUGAUGUACUCCUUACAGCAAUACAAAAUUGGUUUAGAGCAUAAUCUAUUUAUAAAUGUGGGAUCUAUAACAGCUCAGGUGAAGCUAGUGAGACAUUGUACCG